UGUGCGUAGGAUCUUGGUUUUGGACACGAAGAUCGAGAAGCUGACCACUGUCUCAAUUCCCUCUCUCUCACACACACAUACACACAUUGAGAAGAGCCUGAAAACUCCCACGCGCACACACACACACACACACAGUUUCAAAAAACACCUUUGUCCCCUCCGCUUGCUCUCUUCUGGGUUUAUGCCCUACUCCCUUCUCUCUUUGAAAUUCCUUUACUCAGCACACACUCACACACCCAACAGUCAACAGUCCUUUGUCGUUAACCUUCUCCAACAAUCAACAGUCCCAAAUGCCGCCGCCGCUCGCCCUCCUCCUCCUCCUCCUCCUCCUGGCCCCACCCAGCUCCUCAAAAUCCACCAUCGAGCCCUGCUCCAACUCCGACUCCUGCUCCGCCCUGGUGGGCUACACACUGUACACGGACCUGAAGGUCUCGGAGGUGGCCUCCCUCUUCUCGGUGGACCCCAUCGCCCUCCUCCUCGCCAACUCCAUCGACAUCUCCCCUCCCGACGUGGAGAACCACAUCCUCCCCUCCCAGCUCUUCCUCAAGAUCCCCGUCACCUGCGCCUGCGUCGACGGCAUCCGCAAGUCGUCCGCCGUCACCUACAAGACCCGCCCCGCCGACACCCUCGCCUCCAUCUCCGCCGCUGUCUACGGCGGCAUCGUCUCCCCCGACCAGAUUCGCGACGCCAACCCCAAGGCCGACCUCUCCGACCCCUCCGUCAUUGCCGUCGGCACCCCUCUCUCUGUCCCCCUCCCCUGCACCUGCUUCAACAACUCCGACAACAAUCUGCCCGCGGUUUACAUGUCCUACGUUGUUAAGGAUGUCGACACGCUGUCCGGGAUCGCCGCCAGAUACGCCACCACCGUCACUGAUCUCAUGAACGUCAAUGCCUUGUCCAGCGCCGAGAUCAAGGAUGCUGACAUUCUUGCCAUUCCGCUCUCUGCUUGUGCAUCGAACUUCCCAAACUACUCCUCAGACUAUGGCUUGGUUGUGCCAAACGGGAGUUAUGCCAUAACGGCCGGUCAUUGCGUGCAGUGCAGCUGUGGACCGGGCAGUCGCAAUUUAUACUGCCAACCGGCUUCAUUGGCUGUCUCUUGCUCGACCAUGCAGUGCAAAUACAGUAAUCUCAUGAUUGGAAACAUUACCGCACAACCAUCAAGUGGUGGAUGCAAUGUCACUUCUUGCAGCUACAGCGGCUUUAUGAACGGAACCAUUGCUACGACGCUGUCAACGUAUCUCCAACCUCGAUGCCCAGGGCCUCAACAAUUUCCUACGCUCAUCGCUCCCCCCACAUCGCUCCCGGAUUCAUACUUUGCUCCAGCACCAUCGCCAUCAGAGGCCGGCGGCAUUCCAUCAACGAACCCUAAGUCCUCUGUGGUGCCCUCGACAGGCGUAGCUUUUGGACUCCCGCCAGCCGGUGGACCGACCGGGAGUACCUCCGGGACCUCAAGUGCUCGCUCGUUGAUGGAUCAGGUAACAGCCUUUCCCGUGAUGCUCGUGCUAGGUCUCAUUGUCAAGCUCGUGCUCUCGACGCACUUAUAAACCUGCUCUCCUCAUGGGAAGGGACCUUGUUUUUGGUUGGUUUUGUUUAUGGUCUCAUGGUAUUUUUAGACAAUUUUUAGAUGUUGAGAAAAUCUUAGAGGCAGCUUCGGCUAUCAUUCCUUAUUUUCAUAAAAAAUUAUGCCUGUUUAGUUCAUUUUGGUGUAGCCCUGCUGCUGAAACUAUGUAUGUAGAAGAAUUGAUUUGUAACUACUUGGCAUUUGCCUAUUUUAAUUCUUUCUUUUAUCA